UGAGUUUCUAGGCUUGGUGAGGGUGUUAUAUGGCAUUCCAGUGAUGGCAUGAAGGACAAUAUAUUCAACAGAGUGCAGUGAGUUCUUUCAUCAAAUAGCGGUAUUUUAGAGAUCUCAACCCACAGCUGUGUUUGGAGAUGACAUUUCCAAUAAGGUCCGCUAAUGGUCCUGCCACUCCAACCGACGAGGCGUUCAGCUAAACCCUGGCAAGGGAGUAUGGACUCAGGCAGUAACACUCACGACGUCAACGUAAACACAAAGCUCUCUCGCCAUCUAUACUACUGAGGCUAGCGGUGUGCAAAAUAAGCGUGUAAUGGGAUGGUUUCUGAUUUCGGGCAUCACUCGUCCGUGGUGCUAAGUGCUCCACCUGUGUGCGCAGUCGUCAUUUAAUCGCCCAGAGCACCCGUGCGGGCACAUUGUUUGUGUUCUGCUGUCAGUGUGUCUUUAGUUUGCUUUAGUCAGAGAGAUGUUUCGUCAACUACAAUGGCAUACAGCCGCCCCCCACCCAUAGUGAAGCAAAGAGGGGCUCGUGGAUCUGUGAAGGGUGAAGCCAGCUGUGUUUUGGUCACGGUUUCCUGUGAUGCAAGUCUUAGCAGAGACAUGGAGAGGGCAUGACACUAGAAGAUGCUCUACUACACGUAGCACUGUGGUUACAGGGAAACCAUAAAUACAGGAGAGGAUGAGGUUCUGUCACAACCUGCCAUUCGCCGAAACCAGAGCUGAACAACACAAACGUUAUUUGGUCGCUGGUCGGUUAAAAUGGAAACCGAAUCUACAACCUUUUUCACCAUCGAGAUGGAAAAUGACACGGGCUCCGGUUACCCUGACGACUACGACUUCGGCACGAUGAUUUGCAGCAAGGGCUGGGUGCGGGACUUCAGUCGCGGCUACGAGCCCACUCUGUUCCUGCUCAUCUUCAUCCUGGGCACGGUGGGGAACCUCCUCGUGGUGCUCCUCUACACGGGGAUCCGCAACCGUCUGAAGACCAUGACGGACAUGUACCUGCUGAACCUGGCCGUGGCCGACCUGCUGUUCCUCGCCACGCUGCCCUUCUGGGCGGUGAACGCGCUGCAAGGCUGGGCGUUCGGGAGACACGCCACCGGGCUGUGCAAGGCCGUGGUGGUCGUGUACAAGCUCAACUUCUUCAGCAGCAUGCUGCUGCUCGCCUGCAUCAGCGUGGACCGCUACGUGGCCAUCGUGCAGGUGACCCGGGCCCACAACCUGCGGCGGGAGCGGAGGAUGCUGUACAGCAGGGUGGCCUGCCUGGGCGUGUGGCUGCUGUCCUGCCUGCUGGCCGUCCCCGAGGUGCUGUUCGCCAAGGUGAGGAACACCCCGGGGGGGGUGACGGUCUGUGACCUGCUGCCCGGGACCGAGACCCAGACCAAGGUGCUGGUCCUGUCCCUGCAGAUCUGCGUGGGCUUCCUGCUGCCCCUGGUGGUCAUGACCGCCUGCUACUCCCUCAUCCUGCGGGCGCUGCUGCAGUCGCGCAGCUUCCACAAGCACAAGGCGCUGCGCGUCAUCCUGGCGGUGGUGGCGGUGUUUGUCCUCUCCCAGCUGCCGUACAACGGCCACCUGGUCGUGCGGGCGACGCAGUUCGGCAACGGCAGCAUCACGGACUGCGGCGUGGCGACGCGCAUGGACGUGUUCGGCCAGGUGGCCAAGGGCCUGGCGUACAUGCACGCCUGCGUCAACCCCUUCCUCUACGUGUUUGUGGGCGUGCGCUUCCGCAGGGACCUGCUCGGGGUGCUGAAGUCGUGCGCGGGGCGACUGGGCCCAGGGCAUGGGAAGAUGACGUCGGUUGCCAAGCGACCGUCUGUGAUGUCCGACACGGAGACCACCGCCGCUCUCUCCUUGUAGAGCCCCCCCCUCCCCUGUCCUUGUAGACCCUUCCCCUCAACCUGUAGAGCCCCUCCCCCCUUCUCCUUGUAGGGCCCCUCCCCCCUUCUCCUUGUAGAGCCCCCCCCCCUCUCCUUGUA